AUGGCACGAUUCACCUGUCCACUGUCCUCGUCUACUACCGAUAUCGUGAUCCUGUCGAUUUUUGUGUUGCUUCUGAGGUCUUCGUUGUUUGUUUCUGCGGUCAUCGGUGAUCCAAGCACUAUUAUUCUCCAUCCUCCGCAUGCUGGUAGCAAUCGUCACACCAUGUUUCUACCUCUUUUUCCGUCUCCUCCUAACUCAUCCCGGAUCUCCUCGUUCUCCGGCAACGGAAAAUCACGGCGUCACCUCCAGAAAUCCGAUACGUCUCGCCCGAACGCGCGGAUGGCUCUCCACGAUGAUCUCCUCCUCCACGGGUAUUACACGACGAGGCUCUGGAUCGGAUCUCCACCGCAGAAGUUUGCUCUUAUUGUGGACACAGGGAGUACUGUUACUUAUGUUCCUUGCAUUACUUGUGAACAAUGUGGCAAGCAUCAGGACCCAAAGUUCGAUCCAGAUUCAUCCACCACAUACCAACCCGUGAAAUGCAAUAUCGAUUGCACCUGUGACUAUGAGAGAAAACAAUGUGUAUAUGAACGACAAUAUGCAGAAAUGAGUUCCAGCAGUGGUGUUCUUGGUGAAGACAUCGUAUCAUUUGGCAACCGAAGUGAACUAUCACCACAACGCGCCAUUUUCGGUUGUGAAAAUGCAGAAACUGGUGAUCUCUACAGUCAACAUGCUGAUGGAAUAAUGGGUUUGGGGCGUGGUGAUCUAAGUAUAGUUGACCAACUUGUUGACCGAGGUGUAAUAAGCGAUUCCUUCUCUUUAUGUUAUGGUGGAAUGGAUAUAGGUGGUGGUGCCAUGGUUCUUGGUAGUGUUUCUCCUCCCUCAGGGAUGAUCUAUGCCUACUCAGACCCUGUACGGAGCCCAUAUUACAAUAUUGAGCUCAAGGAGUUACGUGUUGCUGGGAAGCGUUUGCCUUUGAGUCCAAGUGUUUUUGAUGGAAAACAUGGAACAGUUCUUGAUAGUGGAACAACUUAUGCUUAUUUACCUGAAGCUGCUUUUCUUGCAUUUAAGGAAGCUGUCCUGAAAGAACUUCAUACUGUCAAACAGAUCAGAGGUCCUGAUCCAAGUUACAAUGACAUCUGCUUUUCUGGUGCUGGAAGUGAUGCUUCACAACUGAUGAAAAUCUUCCCGAAAGUUGAAAUGGUAUUUGGGAAAGGACAUAAGCUAACACUAUCCCCUGAAAACUACUUGUUCAGGCAUUCAAGGGUACAUGGUGCAUAUUGCUUGGGAGUUUUCCAAAACGGAAAGGAUCCAACAACUCUUUUAGGAGGAAUCAUUGUGCGCAAUACUUUUGUUAUGUAUGAUCGUGAACAUGACAAAAUUGGAUUUUGGAAAACUAAUUGUUCUGAUCUGUGGGCAAGACUACAUAAUUCUGGUGCACCCUCAUCUGACAUGUCUCCUUCUCCAUCUCCAAUGGGGACACCUGGCCAUAUUUCUCCAGGGUCGAAAGUUGGAAGCAUAAUAUUUUAUAUGUUUCUGAAUCUUAAAUACUCUAAACUCGAACCACAUAUCAUUGAGCUUACUGAGUUAAUUGCACAAGGGUUGCAUGUUAACAUUUCACAGGUUUAUUUAUUGGACUUUACAUGGGAGGGAAAUGAGUCCCUUACAAUAUGGUCCAUUACUCCACCAAAACCUUAUGAAUAUAUGUCCAACACUACUGCAUCUAAUAUAAUUGCUCGAAUAGCUGAAGGGGAGAUAAAGCUUCCUAAAAGAUUUGGAAAAUAUCGGAUUUCCAAUUGGUUUAUUGAAUCUGAUCCAAACAGGACAUGGGUGAAGAAUUAUAUGGGGGUGAUGAUAGUAUUUAUUUUGAUAUUAAUAUUUGGGGUGGCGGGGGUUGUUGGGUGGUGGUUUUGGAGACAGAAGCGGCCAGGUGGCGGGAUUCUGUAUAGGCCGGUGGAUUCAGUUGUGUAUGAACAAGAACUUCAGCCACUGUGAUCGCUCAUUUUUUAUGGAAUGAAUGUCUGUCAACAAAGGUGAUUAAAGUUUUUGUCGCACAUAAUGAGAAUCUGAAUUGAUCAUGAUUUUUUUUUUUUUAAUAUAAUGUUCUGAAAAAUGG